AAAAACCUAGAAGACAAAAACCUUCUUACAGGUUGCUGUGUAUUCAGACAGAAACUCCGGUGUCGGCGAACGGAACUAACUCCUACACAACAAAACCCACUUCAGAGUUUCGUUAUCUCAUCGGAGAAGUAAGCUUAGUUAUCUGCCAUGGCUCCUGAUGCUUCUACUGCUCUUGCAGCAAGGGAGAAAGUUCAGCAGUUUCUGAAUGCAGCUUGUACCGGAAACCUCGAGUUCCUCAAAAAUGUUGCUAAGCAGCUUGAUGAAGGAAAAGGCUUGAAGACAACCGUGGAGAGUGUCAAAGACGCAAACAAACGUGGUGCGCUUCAUUUCGCUGCUAGGGAAGGACAGACUGAGAUAUGUAGGUAUCUCUUGGAAGAGCUGAAGCUUGACGCUGACACACAAGAUGAAGCUGGGGAUACUCCGCUUAUUCAUGCUGCGAGGCAAGGACAGAUUGGGACAGCAAAGUAUCUUUUAGACCACGGAGCUGAUCCUAAUGUUGCUAGUGAACUAGGAGCCACUGCAUUGCAUCAUGCGGCUGGGACAGGGGAAAUUGAGUUGCUAAAGGAGUUGCUUUCUAGAGGUGUUCCGGUUGAUUCUCAAAGCGAGUCUGGAACGCCAUUGAUCUGGGCUGCUGGCCACGACCAGAAAGAUGCGGUGCAAGUCUUGUUAGAACACAAUGCUAAUCCUAACGCUGAGACCGAAGACAAUGUCACGCCGUUGUUAUCUGCAGUGGCAGCUGGUUCUGUGGCAUGCUUAAAGCUGUUGGGCCUGGCAGGUGCCAACGCUAAUGUUUACGCUGGUGGUGCAACUCCGUUGCACAUUGCUGCUGAUAUUGGAGAUAUUGAGUUGAUCAUCCUUUUACUUAGGCCCUGUUUGUUUCUCCAUUUAGAUGAAUUCAUUUAGCUGAUCCAUUUGUGUGCUCCAUCUAAAUGAUCCAUUCAAAAUUUUGGUCAUGUUUGUUUCUCCAUUUGGAUGAGUCAUUUGAAUGAACCAUUUGAAUGUAUUUUAUGUUUGUUUCUCCAUUUAAAUGAAUCAUUCAAAUGAGUUUAAUAACCAAAUUA